AUGGGCAUCCACAACCCACUCCCGUCGUCUUUGGCGUCGGAGUGCAAGAAAUGCGCAAAGAUCCUCUCGUCCUUCAUCGACCCCCGCCAGUCUUUUGGCCCCGACAAAAUUAUUCCUCCCUCCGUCCUUGCAAGCUCCAAGGGUAUUGCUGUCCUUACCGUCCUAAAAGCAGGUUUCCUAGGCUCUGCCCGUUUUGGUAGCGGCUUGGUGGUUGCACGUCUUCCUGAUGGCACCUGGAGCGCCCCUUCCGCCAUUAUGACUGGCGGCGCCGGCUUCGGCGGCCAGAUCGGCUUCGAGCUGACCGAUUUUGUCUUCAUCCUCAACGAUACCGCCGCUGUUAAGACGUUCGCGCAGGCUGGUUCCCUAACCCUUGGUGGCAACGUCUCGAUAGCUGCAGGCCCCGUUGGCCGCAACGCCGAGGCUGCUGGUGCUGCUUCGAUACGGAGCGUGGCUGGCAUCUUCGCCUACUCGAAGACAAAGGGCUUGUUUGCGGGUGUCUCGUUGGAGGGCUCAAUCAUUCUCGAGCGUAAGGACGCUAAUGCUCGCAUGUACGGCCGUCCUAUCAGCGCCCGCGAACUGCUCUCUGGUCGCGAGCGCCCCCCGCCGGCUGCUGCGCCACUCAUCAACGUCCUCAGUUCCCGUGCUUUCAGCGGGAUGUCCGGGACCGGCUACCUUGACGAUCGCAUGUACAACGACAUUCCCAUCUAUGACGAUCACCACGACGAUGUCAUCUGGGCCGGGAAGAGAGGCCUUGCCUAUGGCGAAGGACAACCGCGUGAGCGCGAUCGCGAUCGCGAUGGAGACGUCCAUGCUUGGGAUGAGUUUGGUCGCCCCAAGCGUUCUUCAGCUUGGCAAGAUGAUUAUUAUGACAACCCGCGGAACUAUGACGGGCCGUCCCGCUCGCGCACCUUCUCAGACAGCUUUGACAGGGAUGCUAGUGAUAGGACCUUUGUUAGGGACUCCCCAUCCAGUCCUUCAACACAACAGAAGACAGCCCCUGGUAGGCCGGCGGCGCCGAAGCCGAACUAUACCAGCAAGGAGAAUCUGAUGAAGAAAAACCAGGCAAUCGCCCUCUAUACCUUUGAGCCGGAGCAGCCUGGUGAUCUGGGAUUCAAGAAGGGCGAAAUCAUUACUAUCUUGAAGAAGACAGAUAGUGACAACGACUGGUGGACUGGCAUGAUCGGCACACGGCACGGCAUUUUCCCAAGCAAUUAUGUUAAGAUGCUUGAAUGA